AUGACUGAGAAUGCAAAUCAAACAAAUGAAGGUAACACUUCAAAGCAGGUUGUGAAUAACACAACUGCUGAUAUUUCAAACCCCUAUUACCUUCACCCAUCUGAUUCACCAGGUAUGCAAUUGGUGAAUUCAGUUUUUGAUGGUAAGGGGUAUGCAGGUUGGAGUAGGGCCAUCAUCAUAGCUUUAUCAGCCAAGAAUAAACUUGGAAUGAUAGAUGGUAACCUUACUGAACCUGAUCCAUCAUCUGCACAACAUCAAUCUUGGUGUAGGUGCAAUGAUAUGGUCAUAUCAUGGAUCCUUAACUCACUUUCAAAGGACAUUACUCAAUCUGUGCUUUACUCUAGAACUGCAAGAGAAAUAUGGAAAGAUUUAGCAACUAGGUUUGGACAGUGUAAUGGAGCUAAAUUGUACCGGUUACAAAAAGAACUUAAUGAUGUUGUUCAAGGUUCUAAUGACAUAGCUGGUUAUUUCACUAAAGUAAAGAAAAUAUGGGAUGAAUUAGAUGCUCUAAACACUUUUGAUCACUGUUCCUGUAACUGCAUUUGUGGAGGAAAGACCAAAACUAUUAAGUCGCAUCAAGAUGGUAGAUUAAUACAGUUUCUAAUGGGUCUUAAUGAUGCAUAUUCAGGGGUUAAAAGUAACAUUCUCAUGAUGGAUCCACUUCCCUCAAUUGGACAUGCCUAUUCUCUGCUCAUGCAAGAUGAGAAGCAGAGAGAGGUGCAUGUUGCAGCUCAUACAUCUGAGGCUGCUUUCUUGGUCACAAAUCAUCAAAAGUUCAACAACAACAGCCAAAAAUCACUAAUGACAAACACAACCUCUUCUUCUUUUCUAAAGCUUUCUUCUCUUCUAAACCAUUAA